GGUAAGGGUGGGGGGAGAAGAGGUAAGGGUGGAAGUAGAGGAGACAGAAAACAACAGCGACAGGAUGCCAUUAAACAGAAACAAGAGCAAAACAAAAUCGCUAACAUGGUGAAGGGGAUGACCAACUUCACUACCGGAAACUAUCAACACGACAGCAAAAUGAUGGCAGUAUACCUGCGGGCCUCUGACAAAGUGAUUAGCCUCCUGGAGAAGCGACAAGAAAUCCUCAUGAACAAAUUGAAAAUUGCCAAUGUCAAUGGAAAAAUAAGGAUGCAAGUUACAACGGGAGUAUACAAACGCACCAAGAGAGUAACGGACAGAUGGAACUCGAAGUGUCAAGACAAAUUCAUUGAAUGGGUGAAUAAAGUCGGCGAGAAUCCAACCGAAAAAGAUCUGGAGAAAGCCAAGGCUAAAAUAGACAUGAUCGCUGCGAACUACGUUGAUGCAGUAAAGAAACUGUUUGAUCAUCUGAGUGCAACGUUGGAUAAAAACGAUCAAGGAUAUUACUUGGAUGCAGUGAAACAAGAAAAUGGCAAUCCUAAAAAGAUGAUGGCGCUGAUGAGGGAUAUCAAAAAGAUUUCAGCAAAUCUUGGCAGUGCAAUUCAAGAGAAGAAAGCAGAUAUGGAACCGCAUCACGAUAAAAAACAUAUGCCCUCAGCAGCGGAAGUACACCUUAUGAAGAGACUUGGGUCUGUCCGUGUACAUGCAUUGGAUGCGUUUUCGGAGUUCCAGAAAGGAAUCCUAGCAAAGUGCAGUCCAAAAGACCGCUCUAAACCUGUAGAUAUUGCGAUCCUGAAGCAUGGUUUGAAACUCCUAGAAGUUAAGAAAGACGAACUCCUGAAGAAAGCCGUUCUUGAGAUGGAAGAUAUUAUUGAACAAGACAAAGUUGCCCCCGAACUGGUGCCCCUCAAAGAAAAGCUCUCGACAAUAGCCCAGGACAUCUUUAACCAAGAGAAGACAUCCAGAAUGCCCGAGCUGACUGCCAUCAUGGUUGACUUGACACAUCGUGUUGGUAAAAAGCCUGGUGCAAAAAUCAUCGAACGUAUGCUUCGGAAAGAAUCAAUGAAAGAAAUGGCUCUUAUGCAGAUUGCGAUAGGAGAUGCUGUUUUGAAAGCUGUUGACCGUCUUGGCCAUUCAGGUGGUUCCCUGGAGGAACAAGUGGAGAAAGGUUCCUCUUCACUGAAGUCUACGAUUACGGAGGUAAUGGACAAAACUCGGGAUAGCCUCAAAGAGUUCGUUGACCGCAAUGUAAACGAUCUGGAAACAGGACAAGGAAUAUUCGGUCAUAUAAAGAAACUGGACACACGGACGAAGAAUUAACACGAGGCGCUCACAUCCAGCAGAAUGAGCGAAUGGACACACCUUUAUUCGAAAUGGCAAACACGUUUCUUCAGCGACAUAAGCAGGAUCUCCUAACAGCUUAUCCCAUAGUCUCAGAGGAAGGUUUUAGAGGAAGUGACGUCUUUCCUAACUUUACACGCUGUAGUUUUAUGUUUGUCCAUAAAAUGUGAUGCAACUCUA